AAUUACCUACAAUGUCCCCAUUUAAGCCACCCUACGCCGUCCCUGCCACUGGCUCUAUUAAGAAAGAUGGCGAAACAGCUGCUAUGCGUCACUUUAAGUUUGCUGACAAAUUGGUUGACCACCCAGAGGGAAUCACUACUCUCUGGGACAUGUAUGUCAACGGCUCAAAGCUUGGAGGAGACCGUCCCUUCUUGGGCGCUCGUCGUAUCGAGAACGGAGAGGCAAAAGAAUACGUAUGGGAAUCGCACCCCAAGGUGAUGAAGCGUAUCAAGAAUUUUGGUAAAGGUCUGGUCAGCCUGGGACUUGAGCGUCAAAAAGUGAUCGGAAUCUAUAGUGUCAACAGACCUGAAUGGACUAUGACUGAGCAGGCAUGCUACAGAGAAGCUUUUAUUAUUGUCGCGCUUUACGAUACCUUGGGUGCGGAGGCUAUUGAUUACAUCGUCAACCAAACUGACAUGGAGUUCAUUGUUUCGAGCGCCGAUAAGCUUGCAAACAUUACACAGCUCAAGACACAGUUGCCAACCAUCAAACACGUCAUUAUUAUGGACGAAACUAUCGAAGAAACCUUACGCACAAACGCAGCCGCAGCAGGUUUGAUUAUUCAUACCUACAAAGAGGUCGAGAAGUUGGGUGAAGGUGGAGCAGAGACCAAGCUCCCCACACCAGAAGACAUUGCAACCAUCUGCUACACCAGUGGAACAACCGGUCUACCAAAGGGUGCUAUCCUUACACAGGCAAAUUGUGUUGCUUCUAUUACUGGUAUUGCUGCUGCAGGCACUGCAGGCACGUUUGCCCCCAUAUCCCACACCGAUGUAUAUAUCUCCUACCUACCACUCGCACACGUCUUUGAGCGUGCUGCCCAGGGUAUCCAUGUCUACAGGGGAGCUGCGAUUGGAUACUACCAGGGUGACACCGCAAAGUUGCUCGACGAUAUCGAGGAACUCAAGCCUACAGUAUUCUGUUCUGUUCCCCGUCUCUUCAAUCGCAUUUACGACAAAGUCCUCUCAAGCGUCAAGGCCAAGGGUGGUCUGAGCAGCAUGAUGUUCAACUCUGCUUAUGGGCAAAAAAGAUCGCAUCUCAAGACUACUGUAAACCAUUGGCUCUGGGAUCGUCUAGUGUUCGCAACGAUCCGUCAAAAACUAGGUGGUCGUCUGCGCUUCAUUCUCAGUGGCUCUGCCCCCGUGUCUCCAGAUGUUAUGGACUUUAUGAGAAUCUGUUUCUCUGCUCAGGUGUAUGAGGGAUAUGGACAGACUGAGAACUUCUGUGCUGGUUGUUUGACUGUCAAGGAGGACAACACAUCAGGUGUUGUUGGUAUUCCUUUCCCAUGCUCAGAAAUCAAGCUCGUAGAUGUACCUGACAUGGAUUAUCUUUCAAUUGAUAAGCCUUAUCCUCGUGGAGAAAUCUGCAUUCGUGGUAACAGUAUCUUCCGCGAGUAUCAUAAUGCACCCGAUAAGACUGCAGAGACUAUUGAUGAGGAUGGUUGGUUGCAUACUGGUGAUAUUGGUGUCUUUGAUUCUGCCAACCGUGUGAUGAUUAUUGAUCGUCUCAAGAACAUCUUCAAGUUGUCUCAGGGUGAGUAUAUUGCUCCAGAGAAGAUCGAGGGUGUAUAUCAGAAGCAUGAAUUGGUUUCCCAGGCAUUUGUGUAUGGCGAUUCCAUGCAGGCAUCUUUGGUUGGAAUUAUUUUCCCAGAUGCAUAUGCCUUGAGCGCUUGGGCUUCCAAGACUCCUGAAUUCGCAUCCCUAUCAAAGGCCGAACUCUAUACUUCUCCUGAAGUUAAGAAAAGCAUUCUUAAGAUCCUCAAUGCUUUUGGCAAGCAGAGCGAUCUCAAGGGAUUCGAGCAGAUUCGUGCCAUUCACCUGACAUCAGACGAAUUCACUGUCGAUAAUGAUCUUUUGACUCCUACCUUUAAAUUGAAGCGUGAGAUUGCAAAGAAGGUUUACAAGAAGGAGAUCGACGAGCUUUAUGCUACUUUAUCCAACGGAAGAGCUUUCAAUUAAUCAAGGAUAAGACAAGUCCUCACAACAGCAACAGCAACAGCAACAUCAUCAGCAACAACAACAACAACAAUAACAAUAACAAUAACAAUAAUAAUAAUAACAAUAAUAAUGAUAUCUACAUUGAACUUCUGCCAAGGAUCAAAAUCAAGACUAGAAGAAGAAAACAAUAUUCUUUCAAUAACUGUCCUAUCUUUUUUUCUUUCUUUCUGGUCUUCUUUUACUACCCACGGCCACAGGUCUUCAAGAUCCCCCUAUUCCCUCUUCCCCCGGUUUCUUUUCUUUUCUUUAGUAUUUUAUUUCCAUAUAUUUCCAUUUAUGUUUCAAUUUAAUAAUAUUUAUCAUCCUCUCUCUAUUUCUUUUUCUUU